CACAAACACUUUCCAUCAGCUGCGCGAUAGAUUGCGAUUAAACGUGACUAUCGCCGGCCGCAUGUAUCAACAACAUCGAAGACGAAGUACACAAAACACAAUCGCUCGCAAUGGACGUGGAAAAGUUGAUUCUUUGUGUAAGAAAAUAUCCAAUUUUGUAUGAUAUGUAUAAUAGUGAAUAUAAAAAUCUUAAACAAAAGGAUCAAAUUUGGGAUGAAAUUGGAGAGGCGCUUCAAGAAAGUGGGGAAGAAUUAAAAAAGAAAUGGAAAAAUCUUCGUGAUUGCUAUGCGAGAUACCUACGAAGCUGGGAUAUGAAAGCAAGUCGUACCGCACCAUAUAACACACGCUAUUAUAAAUUCUGGCCAUGGGCCAAACAAAUGGAUAUCUUCAAACCCUAUCUAAGGUUUGCCAAAGGCCAAACUGAAACUGAUCUCAAUGAAAGUAAUGGUGAUCCAACAACAACAAGUUCAAAUGCGGAAUCAUUACAACAAAUAAAACAAGAAGAUGAUGAUAAUGAUACACAAUACGAAAUUGAACAACCAAUACCCACAUCAUCAAGAAAAAGAAAAAAUAAUUCUCCUCCAUCAGCACCACCAACGCCACCAGCAUCGUCGUGGAGGAAAAGAAAAAGUGAAACAGAAAAUUCAGUUGAUAAAGUUUUAAAAUUUCUUAAACAAAAACGAAAAAAAUCUGAAACUAAUCCUUUGAGUCUAAAUGCAACUGAACAUAUGUUUUUAAGCUUUGCAAAAACUAUUGAUACCUUUUCGCCUCGUAGACAAGCUUCAAUCAAGAUGCGAAUAACUAAUAUGGUGCUGGAAGAAGAACUCUUAGAAAAAGAAGAGCAGGAGGGUAAAGUGGAGGUGGAUAGUAAUGAAAAUGACCUCCAACCAACAAUUUCUUCCAUAGUCAAGUAUGAAGCAGAUUUUUAAGAAUUUUUUUGUAUUAAAGAUGGAGAAAAAUAAAUUAAAUAAAUGAUGAAAUGUUAUUACA